CUGGAUACUCCGGAGGACCUAGGGAUCACAGUCAACCAAUUACACUUACAUUAACGCUGCCCCAUAGGACAGAAACAACUUUGAAUCUUUGUAAAACUGUAUAUCGACGUAUAAGGAUUCGUAAGAUGAAUCAUCGACUUGUCGGCUUCGGAUGGAUGGCUGGAUGAGCGGGAGUGUGCUGACUCUACCGUACAAUGCAAUCGAAAAAGUGUACCGGGGCAGGUGUUUCAAGGGUAAAUGCGUAGAGGAAUCCGUCGGUCGUGGUGACUGAGGGCAAUCCGGUUAUCCCGUUCGCUGUUGUCUGUCAGCUUUUGACUUCUGGCCCGGUGCGAGAUCAGGGGAAAGGAGACUGAUCGAUGGGCGGCAAGGCCCAAUGCAGUCUCAUUCCUAUCUUACAGUCAGGGCAGUUGACAGAUCGUACAAAAGGUGAACUCUUCCGGGUUGUUUUGGCCCUAUAAGUUGCUGUGGCGCCACGUUGGAGGCCUUAGCUUGGAAACAGAAGCUUGCCUCGCUUGUCCGAUGGAAGGACGUGUCGUUUCAGUAUCGGGGGAAGGGGACGCAGCCGGGCUGGACUAUGUCUUUCAGGGCUUGUUCCGCUUGGCUCAAGAAGACAGCCGGAUCGACAAACGAACACGACGUACACGAUGGAUCGAGUCAUUUGUUCCGUGGAUGAUGUCAAAGUGCAGUAGGGACCAAGCGUGGAAGAGCAUUAAGGGGUAAUUUGAUCGCGAAAACAGCUGGGUGAAGGAGACGGGAAACGGCAUUUGGGGGUAAUUUGAUCGCGAAAACAUCGGGGUGAAGGAGACGGGAAACGGCAUCGGGGCUACGUCAUGUAGUCAUUGGCGAAAAUGAAGGGUGGCCUUUGAGACUCUCAAGGGCGUGCGACGAUGUCUUUUUCAAAAGAUAGGCUCUGGGCCCUAAUAAACCUUAACGGUGUAGACCAGGCUGUCACUCUAUGCUUACCGAGGCCAUGGUGGUUGGCAGGUUCCGUUGUUGACCGUGACCUUUCAGGAGAAUCCCUAAUCAGAAAAUCGUGCAAGCCAAGAGACUCUCACGCUGCGACGGAGAAUGCUCGCGAGCAAUAUUUGUACCUAGUAGUGUGAUUUGUCCAUACUUAUGAGGAGAGCAUAUGUUCAAGCAGGAGUAGGUGUACUCGACUAGUACAUGCUGUCAUUAUCCUAUUGGUGAGGAAGGUAAUUGUGGACGUCCAAUCCGCACCCUCUCCCGUUCCCAGGUAUCGCCACAGUCGUAGUGAUACUAUUCGGCAUUGCGGGCGACACACGAGUUUGACUUCUCCCCUCCAUCUGGGAUAUACGGACCAGACUGUACUCGCUCGACCCCCACAAAGAUAAUUCUUGAUUUCUGUACCACAAACACUCUCCAUCGGUUCAUUUCAAUAGCCUUCCAUAUAAGUUGACAUCGUCGCUUACAGUUACUAUUUACCACCCAACACGACCCCCGCGAACGGCAGCAUCGCGGCGGUGACAGCCCAACCGACAGGGUCGUGACAGGCUUGCAACUCGCGCGUGCAAAGAAUGUUGGUACGCAGCAGGCGUUCAGGGCCGAGACCUUCUCCAAUGGUCAUCGCGACGCAGAGGUAAUAUUCCAAGUGGCAUUGUACUCAGACAAAUCCACGGGGACGCGCAAAAAGGCGUGCAACAAGACAUUGUACUUGAUGCACUCGUUGGCAUCACAGACGCCCCCAUUGGCAUCACAGACGCCCCCAUGCGGGUCGGCAAGAUUGAAAAAGGCCGGCGGCAACUCCGGGAUCUCCCGUAUUUCUACCCGGGUCGCUCACUAGAAUGCUCUGGGCGAUUAGGUACGGAUCGGUUCCGCUCAAAAAAUUGUAAACGGCGGGGCCAGAAGAAAGUUUGCGAUACGAUACUAUUUGAAACGACCUACCAGUAUCGCGCUAGCCAAAUCAAAACCAAUGCAGAGUCCGGCAUCCACGUGAUGCUCAAUGGUUGUGUCAAUCUCAAAACCGGCCUCCGCUUUAGCCACGGUAGAUGAGUCCAUAUUGUUUGUGUUGUCCCCACGGAGACUGAUAUCUUCAGCGCCGUCACUUGGCAAUUGAUGUCUACUCUUUCCGGAGGAUCCCAUCAAUAUUCUUGGUGAGAGUCAACUUGAUACCUAAGCGUAUGCUGCUUCAAAAGCGAGAGCAUUGCCACUAUCAAAUAGAAGUGACUAUUUCCUCCGACAUUUUGUUGAACGCAAGCGCCAAGCCAUCUCCGACGUCCAUAUCGUCUACGACAAUACCCAUAGCUUCCCCGAGGGUAAAGAGCGUGCCUCCUUCGCUAAAGCAACGAGAUAGUCUCGGAUUGUCUAAUUCGGGACCCUCGGCCAUUGGCCCGCGUCCCGCCGCUGUAUUGAUCUCGAAACGAGCACCUAUUGGAUCUGCACCGGUACGAGGAGCGUUGCCUAGUCGCUGCAAUCCUUCACCGCUUGCCGUCCUCACACCGCGUACUAUUGCGAUCCUCGAGGCUCCUUUUGUGAGGCCUCGAUUGCUCGCUUGGCCCCUACUGCAGCCGCUGGCUCCAACGACGUUAAACAGGGCCCGACCUCCUACUCUUUUGGAACAGUUCCACCCUGAUCUCCAAAAUAUCGGUUCCAACCUUUACAUUGUGUCGGCGACGGGAGGUAGGCAAGGCAACGUUGUGUUGUGCUUUCGUCACGAGCGCCAGAAACCACCGUUCGGGCCAAGAAUAUUUGCAGUUCGGGAAUUUGUGAAAAUCUUCUAUGGCAAACGUGGUGUGUGUUCACGUAAGGAACCAACGGAAGCGUCCCAUCUACCGUACCUUGGUUUGCGCAGACACCCCAGGGCGACACCCCAGUGGAACGCCAAGACGGGAAUCAAACACUAG